CUGUCCAGCUACAGUCGUAUGCGGGUACCGUUCGGACGGAUUUCUCGAGUGGAUAUCCUGGAGGCACGGAAAGUACUCCAGAAACUUGCCAGUCUACGAGAGGAAUUAGACAAGAAACGCAAUGAUAAGGCUGAUGUGGAGGAAAUUCAUAAAGUUUAUCGAAAACAAACCGAAACUUCGAAUCAAUUUUAUAGACUUAUGCCACUGGGUGGUUUCGAGAAUGGUUUACUACCUGUGAUUGAUAGUGAGGAUAUUGUUAAAAAUUACGAGCAAAUGCUCAGCGAAUUGCUCGACUUCGAAACUGCUGGACAGAUCAUAACGGCUGCGGCUGAGAUGCGCUCCUCAAUUGACCCUUAUCUAUACAUAUUGAACGCAAUUGAGUGUGAGUUGACGUUAAUGGAUCAUGAGUGCAUAAUGAGCCAACGCAUUUUGCAAUACAUCCAAAAUUCUUCAAAGUCUUGUCGAGUUCAAGCAAUCUAUCGUGUGAAGAGUAAGGAGGCCACACAACUUUUCAACGAGAACGCUCUCCAGAAGCCGAAUCAUCGGUAUGUUACCGCAACAUAUCAUGUUUUGUCAUUGAAAGGGCAAUUCUGA